GAUCAGGCCAAUUUGCAAAUUAGAAUUUAUUAAAACCCUAACCCUCAUUCAACAACACGAUUUCGAUUUCGAUUACGAUUACUGAUUCUUCUCGCUUGAUAGCUCUUCGAUCCAAUUCAGUGGAUCACAAUCAAGGAAGACGCACGGACUUAUUAAUCUAUCAUGGCUGCCCCUUUCUUCUCAACUCCGAUGCAGCCUUACGUUUAUCAGAGUCCACAAGAUUCCAUGACACCAUUUCAAAUCUUGGGUAGUGAGGCUCAGAUAGUUCAGAUUAUGCUAAAGCCUCAAGAAAAGAUUUUUGCAAAGCCUGGUUCCAUGUGCUACAUGUCGGGGUCCAUACAAAUGGAAAAUAUGUAUUCCCCUGAACACGAAGUAGGAAUAUUGCAGUGGCUGUUUGGCAAAAGUGUUACCAAUAUAGUUCUCUCUAAUACUGGUACAAGUGAUGGAUUUAUUGGAAUUGCUGCACCUUCAUUAGCCAGAAUUCUUCCGAUUGAUUUGGCAAUGUUUGGUGGGGAAGUAUUAUGUCAGGCAGAUGCAUUCCUUUGUUCCAUCAAUGAUGUUAAAGUAAACAAUACUAUUGAUCCAAGAGCACGCAAUGUUGUUGUUGGUCCAGAGGCAUUCCUGAGACAAAAGCUGACUGGUCAAGGACUUGCAUUUGUAGUUGCUGGUGGUUCUGUGGUACAGAAGAAUCUGGAGGUGGGUGAAGUUCUUAGUGUUGAUGUCUCCUGCAUUGUCAUUGCAUCAUCUACAGUCAAUGUCCAAGUAAAGUACAAUGGUCCUAUGAGGAAGACUGUAUUUGGGGGAGACAAUUCAGUGACAGCAGUUCUUACGGGACCUGGGAUUGUAUUCAUUCAGAGCCUACCAUUUCAUCGACUUUCUCAACGCAUUGCCAGGGCAGUGACUUCACCAAACAUGAGGGAAAACCCAAAGUUGCUGAUACAGAUAGCCAUUUUCUUCUUUCUGGCUUAUGUUGUCGUUCUCUCAUCAAUCAUUUUGACUGACAUAUGAUCAUAAGAUACAUACUCCCUUCCCUUCCCUACCCUAUGUUUCAUAACUCUCUUCUCCUUCUACUCUUAAUUUAAUCUUAAACUUCUUCCUCCCAGGCUCCAUCAUGUCCUAGGUUUGACCUUUUAAUUUCCUUAAGAUUAGCUUUUUAUCUUCUUCAGAAUCUGCUUCUUCAUCCCAUAUAGAAAAUAUGCACAUGUUUUUCUUUUGUAAAAGAUGAGUUUGUUUUACUUUAUCUUGUAUGCACUAGUAAAUCCAGGCUCAAUCAUAUAUUAUAUACUUCUU